AUGGCCCCUCUUUCCAAGUCUCUCGCCCUGGCCGGCACUCUCUUUGCCGCCUUUGGCUCUGCAGCUCCUGUUGAGAAGCGCUCAACCGAAGUUGUUUACCAGACCGUCACCUCCGUCGUCUGGACCACUGUCGACGUGACCACCACCAUCUAUGGCGCUGCCCCUACCGAAUCCGCUGCCGCUAGCCCUACCCCCGACUCUCAAUACCAGGUGCCCGGCAACAGCCAGCCUGAGCAAUCCGUCAACUACCAGCCCUCUUCCUUCACUACCUCCACCUCCACCGCUUGGGGCGCUGCUUGGACCCCCGAGCCCGCAUCCUCCACCACUUCGACUUCCACCAGUGAGUGGGAACCCGCCUGGACUCCUGCCCCCACCAGCUCCAGCUCCACCACUGAAUGGGAGCCUGCCUGGACUCCUUCCACUACCAGCCAAGAGCCCGCCUGGACCCCCUCCACCACCACCGUUCCCGCUGCGGCCACUACCUCGGCCUCAAGCUCCAGCGGCAGCAGUGGUAGCAGUGGCAGCAGCAGUGGAUACUCCGGUAGCUGCUCCUCUGGGUCUCCUUGCACGGGUGAUCUGACCUACUACGUGGCUGGACUGGGAUCCUGCGGCAUCACCAACGACGGCAACACCGACAUGGUGGUUGCGCUUCCCCAUGGCAUCAUGCAAGACAGCGACUGCGGUAAGACCGUGAAGAUCACCUACAACGGUGUGACCGACUACGGCACCGUCUGGGACAAGUGCAUGGGCUGUGACGAUGUGUCGAUCGACCUGUCGGAGAGGCUGUUCAAGAAGUUCGGUACCGAGUCUGAGGGACGCCUGACGGGCGCAGAGUGGUACAUUGAGUAG